CGAGCUUGCCGCGCUUGUUGCAUGCAGUGGGCAGAGGCCGCAUGGGCUCGGGCUCGGGCAGCACCGCCGCUCCCGACUCCGAGGCGGCUGCAGUCGGGGGCCCGCGAAUGCUGCAGCAGUGCCGGCCAGCGCGCGGCUGCCCCUGCCCCCCGCUCCGCUGCUCCCAGCGAGCCGGGCGGCGCCCCUUGGAAGCCCGCCGCGCGCACGCGCACGGCGGCAGGGCACGCAGAGGCGGGCCCCCGAGAGGCGCCGCCUGAGGCUCCCGGCCGAGGCGUGGGCCCCCGCGCAGACCACCUGGUUCGAGCGGUCCACGCCGUUGCGCGCAGCAGCCCUGGGAACCGACGGGCCAGCGGGCGCGGCGCCCGCUGGGAGGCGCUGGCCCGGGAGAGCGCGCGGCGCCUCUCGGAGCUGCAGCCCCCAGCGCUCGCAGCUCUGGCUUGGUCACUGGCCCGGGUGGGAGGGGUGCCCGAUGCGUUGGACGCAGCCAUCGCGGCGUGCUCGCAGUGCGUAUCGCAGUUCGGCACGAAGGAUUUGGCGCGGGUCGCUUGGGCGUGCGCUCCCAGCAGGAGAAGCAAUGCGGAGGUAGCCAUCGAGCAGAUAAUCGAGGUGAUAACUGAGAGUUCGCACAUGGGCCCUACAGACGUUUGCCAGUUGGCUUGGGCAGUGGCGAAGAUGGCAUUGGUGCAGCGAUCUUUCAUGUGUGAUCACAUCUCAGCUGCAGCUUUGCGCACCCUGGUCCAGUUCGAUUGCCGCCACCUGUCUGCACUGGCGUGGUCAUACGCCACCCUGUCUCUAAACGAUGCCGAGGUCUUUGCGCUCAUCGAGAGCAGGUGCAUCGACCUCGCUCACACAUUCGGGCCACAGGAGCUGGCGAACGUUACAUGGGCAUUCGCCUCAGUGUCGCAGGGCUCUCCAAGUCUUUCGGACGCCCUCUCGCUUCGGAGCCAUAAUAUGAUUCGCUUGUUCAGCGCGCAACAUUUAGCAAAUUUGAUGUGGGCAUCCGCCAAAGCAACAAGUAGAGAUGAGAACAUGUUCGCUGCCCUUUUCCAUGAAGCCAUAGACCGGGUGGAUGAGUUAUACCCUAUGCACCUUGCAGCGGUGGUGUGGGCGUGUGCUGCGUUCAACGGAGCAGAGAUGAGGACGUGCAAGCGAGUAGGAUAUUAUGACGCGCCGUUGAUGGAAAUUCUACGCGUAACGGUGCUUGACAGGUCGUGCGAGUUCGAGCCUCGUGGAUUGGCCAACGCUGUAUGGGGUUUCGCCGCCAUGCACCUUUGUGAAGGAUUAGACAGGGACUUGAUGAUCACAACCGCCGCCGCGCUGAUGUCAGCUCGAGCUUGCGAAUUCGAGGGAAGGGACUUGGCGGCAAUCGCCUGGUCGGCUGCGGAAUUGCGCACGCGAAGCGUGCCGCUCACGGAGGCCAUCAGCCAGGCAUGCUUGCAGAAGCCUGGGGGCCUCGCUGGCCUCAGCGUUCAGGAGGCAGGGAGCAUAGCUUGGUGUGUCGGCUGCUCGGCGCCCGACACGCGCUCCCAGAUCGCCAGUGGCCUGCAUGCAGUCGAGCAGUACGCCACCGGGCAUCUCGCGCCAGCGCUGCGGCGAGGUCUGCCAGCGGUCGCCGGCGGCGAACCAGACCGCAGAGGCUUGGCGAUGCUGGCGCGUGGGCUCGUCCAGCUGCGGCUGCUCAAGGCAUUCUGGGGGCUGCUCGACGCCCUGGUGGACGGGGAGCUCGAGCUGGGCCCAGACCUGGGCGGAGUGCUGCUCGCAGGCGCUGAGCGUCACAGCCAAUCCCAGCGGCAGGCGCGGGUCUGGCGGGCCCUGGCUCGCGGCCCUUGGGCGCCGCGGGCGCUGUGGCCGGAGCUGCAGGCUGCGGCGGCGUCGUCAAGCCUGGCCGCCGCCCAGGACGAAUGCGGCGAGCCGCCUUUGGGAAUGCCCCGGACGAAAGAGUUCGGACAACCCACGCUCGCUCCGAGUCGAAGAAGAAAAAACGCCAUACAUACGUAGCA